GAUGACUGGAACAUCUCUGAAGAAGAAGACUUUCCUUCGCGUGCAGACACGUGUUUCCCUGUUCGCAGCAGGAGUCCCAACAUGGAUUCUUCAGCCGAACGAAGUCUUCUGGCCAAAGCUCCGAGCCUGAAGACCCUGACAGACGGAGGUUUCGGUAAACUAACGGAGAAGCAGCUCGCGGCCGUGCAGGAGCUGACCAAAGCCCACAUCCAGUCCUUCGACCAGGCUGUGACGGAUGGACUCUGCCGGGUGGUGCAGGCCAUCCCUCCCUUUGAGUUCAUGUCCAAAAAUGACAAAAUCAGCCUUUCGUUUGUGGAAGCCACAAUCUACAGUCCAGCAGUAGCCAAAGGAAGCAUCUCCAGGGAGACCAGGGUGUUUCCUGCAGAGUGCAGAGGGAGAAGAUGCUCCUACAAAGGGAAGCUGGUGGCAGACAUCAGCUGGGAGAUCAACGGUGUUCCCAAAGGAAUCAUUAAGCAGUCUCUGGGUCAGGUGCCCAUCAUGGUGAAAUCCAAGCUGUGUAACCUGCAUGGCAUGUCUCCUAAAGAGCUGGUGAAGCAUCACGAAGAAGCAGAGGAGAUGGGGGGUUAUUUCAUUGUGAAUGGAAUCGAGAAGGUUAUCCGCAUGUUGAUCAUGCCGCGGAGAAACUAUCCCAUUGCCAUGUCCAGACCCAAAUGGAAGAGCAGGGGGCAGGGCUACACUCAGUAUGGCGUCUCCAUGCGUUGCGUCAAAGAUGACCACACAGCAAUCAACUUAAACCUGCAUUAUCUGGAAAAUGGAACUGUGAUGCUCAACUUCAUCUACCAGAAGGAGCUCUUCUUCCUUCCGUUAGGGUUUGCACUGAAGGCCCUCGUUGAUUUCUCAGACUUCCAGAUCUACCAGGAGUUGAUUAAAACACGCAAGGACAAUUCCUUCUACAAGACCUGCGUGUCAGAGAUGCUGCGUGUCGUCAUGGAGGAAGGCUGCACCACUCGCAGCAAAGUCCUCACUUACCUGGGAGAGCGCUUCAGGGUCAAAUUAAACCUGCCAGAGUGGUACACAAACGAGCAGUGUGCCAACAUCCUUCUAAAUGAAUGCAUUUGUAUCCACCUGAAGUCAGACACAGAGAAGUUCUACCUGCUGUGUCUCAUGACCCGGAAGCUGUUCAGCCACGCCAAGCAGGAGUGCAUGGAGGAGAACCCAGACAGCAUCAUGUGUCAGGAGGUACUCACUCCUGGACAGCUCUACCUCAUGUUCCUGAAGGAGAGAAUGACUGCAUGGCUGGUCUCUGUGAAGCUCUCCUUUGACAAAAGAGGAUCCAAAGUGUGUGCCAGAGGAUGGAGCACAGAGAGCGUCAUCAAGAUGCUGAACAUGGGCUCUGAUGUCACCAAACCUUUUGAAUAUCUCUUAGCUACUGGAAACCUAAAUUCUAAAACGGGUCUGGGCAUGCUGCAGAACUCGGGUCUCUGCGUUGUUGCAGACAAGCUGAACUUCAUCCGCUACCUGUCCCACUUCCGCUGUGUGCACAGAGGAGCGGCGUUCGCCAAGAUGAGGACCACCUCUGUUCGUAAGCUGCUGCCGGAGUCCUGGGGCUUCCUGUGUCCUGUCCACACUCCGGACGGAGAGCCCUGUGGCCUCAUGAACCACAUGACUGUCAGCUGUGAGGUGGUGACAGUAUCCAGCCCCACCACAUCCCUGCCUACACUGCUCUGUUCUCUCGGUGUUACUCCAGUGGAUGGCACUCCUGCUCAGGCCUUCUCAGACUGCUACCCUGUGAUCCUGGAUGGCUCUGUGGUUGGCUGGGUGGAGGCUGACCUGGCUCCAACUGUUGUUGAUGCAAUCCGAAGGUUCAAGGUGCUAAGGGAGAAGAAGGUUCCUCCCUGGACAGAGAUCGUCCUGGUUCCUAAAACAGGCAAAGCCAGCUUGUAUCCAGGCCUGUUCCUCUUCACAACACCUUGCCGGAUGAUGCGGCCUGUUCAAAACCUGGCUCUGGGCAGGCAGGAAUUCAUUGGCACCUUUGAGCAGCUUUACACCAAUGUUGGUGUUUUAGAAGAGGAGAUUGAAGCUGGAGUCACCACGCACCAGGAGUUGUUUCCUCACAGUAUGCUGAGCGUGGUGGCAAACUUCAUACCUUUCUCAGACCACAACCAGAGUCCUAGAAACAUGUACCAGUGUCAGAUGGGUAAGCAAACAAUGGGUUUUCCUCUGCACUCGUUCAUGGACCGCUCAGACAACAAGCUGUACCGGCUGCAGACGCCACAGAGUGCCCUCGUCAGGCCCUACAUGUACGACCACUACAACCUGGACAACUAUCCAAGUGGCACAAAUGCCAUCGUUGCCGUCAUAUCCUACACUGGCUACGACAUGGAAGAUGCCAUGAUUGUAAACAAGUCAUCGUGGGAGAGAGGCUUUGCACAUGGGAGCAUCUACAAGACGGAAUUGGUGGACCUGGCAGACAAGGUGAAGGGGGAAGAUGCUGUGGUGUUUGGGAGCAAGCCAGGUGACUCCAAAGUAAACGACAAGCUGGAUGCUGAUGGACUCCCUCAUAUUGGAUCUGUGCUUCAGUACGGUGACCCCUUCUACAGCUACAUCAACCUCAACACGGGUCAAAGCUGUGUCCACUUCUACAAGAGCCAGGAGGCCUGUGUGGUGGACAACAUAAAGAUCUGCAGCAACGACAGCGGCUCAGGGCACUUCAAACGCGUCUGCAUUACCACCCGGGUGCCGCGAAACCCCACCAUCGGGGAUAAGUUUGCCAGCCGCCACGGGCAGAAGGGCAUCCUGAGCCACUUGUGGCCCGCUGAGGACAUGCCCUUCACAGAGAGCGGCAUGACCCCCGACAUCUUGUUCAACCCCCACGGCUUCCCGUCUCGAAUGACCAUCGGGAUGCUGAUUGAGAGUAUGGCGGGCAAGUCUGCCGCUCUCCAUGGCCUGAGCCACGACGCCACACCCUUCACCUUCUCUGAGGAGAACUCUGCGCUGGAUCACUUUGGGGAGCUGCUGCGGGCGGGAGGGUACAACUACUACGGCACAGAGCGGCUCUACAGCGGAGUAAGCGGUCAGGAGCUGGAGGCAGACAUCUUCAUCGGCGUGGUCUACUACCAGCGGCUGCGUCACAUGGUCUCCGACAAGUUUCAGGUCAGGACCACCGGAGCACGAGACAAAGUCACCAACCAGCCUGUCGGAGGGAGGAACAUCCAGGGAGGCAUCCGCUUUGGAGAGAUGGAGCGCGACGCCCUGCUGGCCCACGGCUCUUCCUUCCUCCUCCAUGACCGCCUUUUCAACUGCUCCGACCGCUCGGAGGCUCAGGUAUGCGUUGACUGCGGCAGCCUCCUCUCCCCGUUGCUGGAGAAGCCUCCACCCUACUGGUCCGCCAUGCGCCACAGGAAGACUCUCUGCACUCUUUGUGGCAAAAGUGACGCCAUCAGCUCAGUGUCAGUGCCUUAUGUCUUCCGCUACUUUAUAGCUGAACUUGCAGCGAUGAACAUCAAAGUAAAACUUGAGGUUAAGUAG